AUGUCCAAAUACAAGGACAAGGAUGGCGGCGUCGUUCUCAGUUUCGGAGGGCAAUGGGUGAGCUGGGCUCACACGAUUGUCGCAUACACCGCCUUCCUCAGCGCAUUGAUUGUCGGCGUUUCCCUCCAUUAUCACAAGAUUGUCGAGAAUGAGUUCUAUGGGUAUCCCCAGGAGUGGUUCCCAUCCGUUUCUGCAACAAUCGGCGAUCGAUAUCCGGAGCGUUCUUUUUUCAUGAUUUUUAUUGCCAUCACGUCCGGCCCCCGGUUCGCCCUCGUCGGCCUUUUCUACCUCCUGACCCGCAAACCGGGCACCAUACUACCUGGUUUUGUUGCCUCUAUGGGCUUCCUCCGCACUCUUACAUGCGGCGGCUGGACGUACAUCACGUCGACAGACGACCACGACUGGCAUGAUAUUCUCAUGAUUUCCUACAUUGUGUGCACUUUGCCUUGGACCCUGGGAUGCAUUGCCCUCAGCCCACCCAAUCCCCAAGCCAUCAAAUACAGAAAGUAUCUUGGUAGCGCCUUCUUUGGAACCUUGGUGCCGCUCGUUUACUUCUUUAUCCAACACAAGGUGCACCGAGUGGCUGGAGCAUACACAAUAUACGCUUUUUUCGAGUGGUCACUGAUUCUCUUCGAUGUUGGUUUCGAUGCUGUCACGGCUUUGGAUUUUUCAACCUUUGAACUCAUUGUCAGGGAUACCAAGGGUUUGAGCAAGGGUGAAAACCGUUCGUCUACCCCGUCAGCCGUUAUGGAGAAGGAGAAAGAAAAAGCCACACUCGGGCUUUGUACAAUACGGUUCACCUGGUCCGAAGCUUUGGAUACUGCUGCAAACAUCUACCACGGAUUUAUUUUUUGGUCCAUGUUGACUAGUCUUGGUCUCGUAGUCUGGUAUUUCCCACUCUGGCAUAUGGGCAUUUCUGGCUAUGAAGCGUUUGUGCUUGUUUCCGUCUCACCAAUUCUUCUCGUUGGCCCUGUCAGGUCAGCCAUUGUGAACAACCAGAGGGCCGUCCAUCUCCUUUCCCUUUCCGGAAUUGCUGCUUAUCUGGUUUUGGACCCGGCUCGUCGCCUCCUCACAGUCGGCUUUGGCGUUGCCAUGUCGACAAUGGGUUGGGUGUCUACCCUUCACGCCGAAUCGAUCCACGAAGCAAGGUUUGAAUCAAAGCUUCUUGGCUUGCUUGUCGGCCUGAUUCUUUCCUCUACUGCCAAAUUCGCUUGGAAGACAAAUAACCCUGUCUGGCCCAUUAUGCACGGCGCCAACGGUGGAUGGAACCUUGGCGGCCUGGUUCUGGCGGUUCUUGCUGCGCUACGAUUCACUCGCAAGGCACCUUUGACGGGCGGCUCUUCCGACGGGGCUCAAACAGGCUCGACAAUUCUAGCUGCUUGUGGUGUUGGAGGUGUCUUUUUUGGCGCGCAUUCAUUGCUGUCCGACACCAGCACAAUGAUUCUCUGGGUUUGGGAGGGAUUUCCCCUUCGAGGGCCAUAUUCUUCGACGCACGGCUGGUGCACACUGGCGGCGAUGUCUGUUGGUGUGUUUAUCGGAAUCUGCAAACCGUCAGUUUCUAUCAGCUGGGCAACCUAUGCCGCAGGCACUGCCGGUGCCAUGGUCCUGACUUUCUUCAGCCACUGGUUCGGGUACUACGGUGGUCUUGCGACUGCGACCUACUUGAUGGCUGUCGCUGUCCCAAUCCUUACCAAUGCCUCAAAGAAGAGCCCCGCAGCCACCUAUGGACUCGGAUUCUUCCUCUACGUAUUCUUGGUCCUUUUCCAUGUUUGGGUGGUUGCAUAUGCUUUCGUCCCAGGCGGCCCUCUCGUGAGGGAGCACACAGAUUGGAUCAUGUAUAUCAUGAUGGGCUUGAUUGGCGCCGGUGUCUACGACUGCAACUCGUCGAGGUUACGCAAGCAAGGGCCGCGCCGUCCGUCCGCGUCGCAGCACCAGAAAUACUUUGGUUUCGCCACGGUCAUCAUCAACGUUCUAUUCUUGAGCGCCGCCUUUAUGAGGUUCCCCACCAACGAUUACAAGCCGUAUCAUGCCGAGGAUCGUGUCUUGACUGCGGGUAUCUGGACAAUUCAUUUCUCGCUUGAUAAUGACAUGUGGUCCUCGGAACACCGCAUGCGUGAUCUCAUCAAGGAGCUGGAGCUCGACGUGGUCGGCCUCCUCGAAUCUGACCUCCAGCGCAUCAUCAUGGGCAACCGCGAUACCACUCAAUUCCUGGCCGAGGAUCUCGGCAUGUAUGUGGACUAUGGUCCCGGCCCCAAUAAGCACACUUGGGGCGCUGCCCUGCUUUCCAAGUUCCCUAUUGUCGAGUCCAAGCACCAUUUACUCCCCAGCCCGGUUGGAGAGCUGGCACCUGCCAUUCAAGCUACCCUUGACGUCUACGGCCAAAUGGUGGAUGUAUUCGUCUUCCACUCGGGCCAGGAGGAGGACCCUGAAGACAGGCGUCUGCAAUCCGAGUAUCUCGCGCAGUUGAUGGGCUCCACCCCACGGCCCGCGUUUCUUUUGAGUUAUCUCGUCACCAAGCCCCUGGAGGGCAACUACAACACCUAUGUCAGCGACAAGUCUGGCAUGCACGAUGUUGACCCCAGCGACUGGGACCGGUGGUGUGAAUACAUCUUGUUCAAGAAGCUCAAGCGCGUGGGCUAUGCUCGCGUGAGCCGAAGCACCAUCACCGACACGGAAUUGCAGGUGGCCAAGUUUGUCAUUCCAAGCUCGUCCGCUGAAGCGCAACAGCUGGAUUCAAUGUCGGCCGAGGAACGUAAUCGCCGCGUGCAAGAGCAUGAGGUUCCCGAGGGCUGGAGGUUUCCUUCCAUGUUUAGAGGACAAGGUGUCCGUGACCACAGAUAUCACGUCUUUGACGAACCAAGAUACUUUAACUGA